GACUACAAGCUUGGCUGCCUGGCGGUUCUUGCCCAUACAGGUGUGCAUAACUCACAGGAAUGCCAGACAAACCUGAGUCACAGAUAGCCCCCCCCCCCCGCCGCAUGCACACACAGACACACACCUGACCUAAAAUAAAACUAUCUCUUCUGACUUCACUUGCUUGAGAGCUGUUCCCCCACUGCUGCUACGCAACCUCUCCAUAUGCCCCUGGUGAGAGAAAGACAGGCAGAGGGAGCAGCAGCAACCAGAAGGAGGGAGGGAAAAGGUGAAAGUCAACAUUUUAUCAGAAGGAACCAGGACCUGUGCAGAGGUAUGUCAGAUUCACAAGCUCUUCAUUCCUGGGGAUUGUUAACCUCUAACUGGGCUUCUAAAGGAUUUUUUUGAGAGAAAGAGCCGGAUGGAAAUCGGGGGAAGGAAAUGCUGAAUUUGGAAGUGGCAAUGAAGUAGUGAAGUUCUCCCCCACCCCCCCCCCCCCCGCCCCACUGCCUCUGGAGGAAUUUCUUGGCUUGGUGUGGGUGGCUGUUAUUUGGAUUGUUACACAGGAUUUGGACUUUGAAUCAGACCCAGCACUAAUGAGCUCACUUCAUCCUUGCUUGAUUCCUUGAUCAUCUGCAACAACCAUAGAUGAAAAUAUCAUAAAGGCCAUAAGAAGACCCUUGGUGGAGAGAUCCAAAGGAGCAGAAUGGCCAAGCUACUCCAAAAGUCAUUGCCCUGGCUACUUCUGGCGUCACUGCUUUAUACCAUGUGUUUGAGCCAAGGAAGCAGAAUUAAUCGCUGUGUGGCUUCCAGGGCAAAAAGCUGCAGUGAAUGUAUCCGAGUGAGCAAGGACUGCUCUUUUUGCACUGAUGAGAACUUCAAAGAGUCCCGCUGUGAUUUCCGAGAGCAACUAGUGAGAUAUGGCUGCAGUGAGCACAACAUUGUGUUUAUGCAAGGCGAAACACUGUCACUAAAGGAAUUCAGAAUCGAUACCUCUCUGAAGAGAACACAGGUAUCCCCACAACAGAUGUCGAUGAAGUUGCGAGCUGGUGAGGAAGUUAGUUUUCACAUGGAUGUGUUUGAGCCACUUGAAUCUCCUCUGGACCUGUACAUUCUCAUGGACUUCUCCUAUUCUAUGUCUGAUGAUCUGGACAACCUUAAAAAAAUGGGCCAACAACUGGCAAACUUCUUGAGGGAGUUGACUGAUGACUACACCAUUGGCUUUGGCAAGUUUGUCGAUAAAGUUUCAGCUCCACAAACGGACAUGAGGCCUGAGAAGCUGCGAGAGCCUUGGACCAAUGCUGACCCUCCAUUCUCCUUUAAGAAUGUCAUCCGUCUUACCCAUAAUAUUGAUAAAUUCAGCCAAGAGUUAAUGACGGAGCGGAUAUCUGGCAACUUGGAUGCUCCAGAAGGUGGUUUUGAUGCCAUACUGCAAGCAGCUGUUUGUGAGGAUAUCGGCUGGCGGAAAGACAGUACUCAUCUUCUGGUGUUCUCUACGGAGUCUGCCUUUCAUUAUGAAGCUGAUGGUGCCAAUGUCCUUGCUGGAAUUCUGAGGAGGAAUGAUGGAAAGUGCCAUCUGAACUCAGCAGGCACUUACACCUUUGACACCAAGCAGGAUUACCCCUCUGUGCCUACCCUUGUGAAUCUGCUGGGAAACCACAACAUCAUCCCCAUAUUUGCUGUCACCAACCAUUCUUAUGACUACUAUGAGAAACUGCACAAGUAUUUCCCAAUCUCUGAAAUUGGAAGACUGCAAGAGGAUUCCUCCAAUAUUGUCGAGUUGAUCAAUAUGGCUUUUGAGCGUAUCCGUUCCAAGAUGGAUAUUCGUGCUGACUACACUCCAAAAGCCUUGAAAACAGAAAUAACUUCCAAGAAAUAUGAAAAGACAGAAUCUGGCUCAUUCCAGGUUGUUCGAGGGGAAGUGGGCACAUUCGAUGUGCGUGUGAAAGCGCAUGAGCAUGUGGGUGGCGAACAUGUCUGUGAUCUUCCAGAGAAAGACCGGAAAGUUUAUCACUUGAAACCCUCUUCUUUCAGUAACAAAUUAGAGAUUGAAGCCUCAGUCAUCUGUGAUGCCUGCCCUUGUGAACAGCAAAAGGAACUCACAUCAGCUAGGUGUGAUUUCCAUGGAGAUUUUGUCUGCGGACAGUGUGUUUGCCAUUUAGGCUGGCAGGGAGACACAUGUAACUGCUCUACAUCUUCAUCUACUGACAACGCAGCUUGCAUACGGCCGGGGGAAGAGCCCUGCUCCGGCCGAGGCGAAUGCCUAUGUGGGAAAUGUCAAUGCUAUUCUGAGGAUCUGACCCAGCGUUUUGAGGGUACAUAUUGUGAAUAUGACAAUUUCCAGUGUCCCCGCACUUCUGGGUUCCUCUGCAAUGACCGGGGCCGUUGUUACAUGGGCCAGUGCGUGUGUGAAAAUGGUUGGCAAGGCCCAGGCUGUGAGUGUCCCACAGGCAAUGAGACCUGCCUCACCAGCAAUGGGAUUAUUUGUAACGGACGUGGGGUUUGUGAAUGUGGCAGAUGCAAUUGUGAGAACCCUACCCUCUUUACUGGACCCACCUGUGAAGUCAGCUACUCCUUGGGAUUUCAGCAUGUAUGUGAAGAUAUCCGCAGCUGUGUCCAAUGCAAGGCUUGGAGGACUGGAGAGAAGAAGGGGCAGAAUUGUACAGGCUGUUCCUUUGAUAUUAAAAAGGUUGAUGAACUGACAAAAGAUGGGGAGGUAAAAACAAUUUGUUCCUUCCAAGACGAGGAGGAUGACUGCAUUUACCGUUUCACUGAAGAGAAUCCCAACGUCGAAGGCAAUAGAACUGUUCUCGUACAAAACAAGAAAGAGUGCCCAGCGAGAAGCUUCCUUUGGCUUAUCCCCUUGCUAAUGUUACUGAUGCUGCUUCUGGGGUUGCUGCUUCUACUGUGUUGGAAGUUCUGUGCUUGUUGCAAGGCAUGUUUGGCCCUGCUGCCCUGCUGUGCACGAGGUCGCACUGUCGGUUUCAAGGAAGACCACUAUCUGCUCAGGCAGAGUCUGAUGUCCUCGGAUCACCUAGACACUCCUAUGGUGCGCACCGGCAACUUGAAAGGCAGAGACACCGUCCACUGGAAGAUCAACAACAAUGUGCACAAGCAAGGCUUCUCUUCCCUAGCUCUCAAUCCCAAGGAUAUGAUUCCGUAUGGGUUGUCUCUCAGAUUGGCCCGGCUCUACACCCAAAAUCUUGCAAAACCAGAUAGCCGUGAACACCAACAGCUGCAAAAAGACGUGGAAGAGCAUCUGAAUGAGAUUUACAGAACUAUCCCUGGUGCCUACAAAUUUCAGCAGACAAAAUUCAGGUUACAGCCAAAUUCUGGGAAAAGGCAAGACCACACAGUUGUGGACACUGUGCUCGUUGCACCCCGCUCCUCCAAGAAUGAGAUUGUGAAAGUAACAGAGAAACACGUGUCUCAGGAGGCUUUCAAUGACCUGAAAGUGACACCUGGUUACUAUACUGUAAUCUCAGACCAAGAUGCCCACGGCUUGGUUGAGUUUCAGGAAGGAGUGGAGCUGGUGGAUGUCCGAGUUCCCCUUUUCAUCAGGGAUGAAGAUGAUGAUGAAAAGCAGCUGCAGCUGGAGGCCACUGAUGUGCCUGUGGGGACUGCAGAGAUCGGUCGUCAUCUUGUCAGCAUCAGUAUAAUUAAAGAAAAAGCUAAAAGCAUCAUUAGCUUCCUAGAGCCAGCUUAUUCUUACAGCCGUUUUGACAAGCUGGCGAAGAUCCCUGUUAGUCGUGAAAUAUUGGAGAAUGCGAAGUCCCAGAUAACAUACAGGACGCGGGAUCUCACCGCCCAGGAAGGCAAAGAUUAUAUUUUUACAGAGGGUGACUUGGUCUUCCAGCCCGGAGAGAAGCGGAAGGAGGUGCAAGUGCCAUUGCUGGAGCUAACUGAGAUAGAUGCCUUCCUUCAUAACAGGCAGCAAAAACAGUUCAUAGUAGAUCUUAUUGAUCCCAGGUUUGGGGCAAAAGUUGGCAAAUACCCCCAAACUGUAGUGACAAUUGAUGAUCCAGAAGCUGUGGAUGGUGUAGCAUCAAUGACAGGCCUGGGUCAACUUCCAGUGACUUCUAGAAACAGACUUGGAGUACCCCUUAAUCCAAAUGCGCAGGCUCUAAAUUCAAGGAAGAUUCGCUUCAACUGGCUGCCUCCUCCUGGCAAAGUUGCAGGGUACAAGGUGAAAUACUGGAUCCAAGGGGAUCCUGAAUCAGAGGCCCACCUGCUCGACUCCAAAGUGCCGUCAGCAGAGCUCACCAACUUGUACCCUUACUGUGAUUAUGAGAUGCAGUCCUGUGCCUACACUGCGACAGAUGAGGGGCCUUACUCUGAAGUGGUUUACUGCCGCACCCUUGAGGAAGUUCCCAGUGAGCCUGGACGCUUGGCUUUCAAUGUAGUCUCCUCCACUGUGACACAACUGAGCUGGGCAGAGCCCGCUGAGACCAACGGACCAAUCACAGCCUAUGAAGUCACCUAUGGACUUGUCAACGAAGACAACCGACCUAUUGGGCCGGUAAAGAGAGUUCUGGUGGAAGACCCGAAGAAGAGGAUGGUUCUAAUUGAAAACUUACGGGAAUCACAGCCCUAUCGCUACACAGUGAAGGCGAAGAACGGAGCUGGUUGGGGUCCUGAAAGAGAAGCUACUAUUAACUUGGCCACACAACCCAAGCGCCCCAUGUCCAUUCCCAUCAUCCCUGAUGUGCCAAUAAUUGAUGCUGAAGGGGGAGAGGACUAUGACAGCUACCUGAUGUACAGCACAGACGUUCUGCGCUCACCAGCAGGCAGCAAACAUCCCAGCGUCUCUGAUGAUUCUGGCUCUCGAUGGAAACAUGUGCAGCUACUGGGGGAGGAGCUAGACCUUCGUCACGUCGCCUGGAGGCUCCCAGCAGAAUUGAUUCCUCGUCACUCGGACAGCAGCUACUUUUCCUCGGACACAGAGGGUCUCCUCCAUGAGGGUAGCACCCACUCUGAGCUAGCGGACAGUGACGCAGCCAGCGGCAGUCUUCCAAGAAGUGUGACUCCCCGGCCCCAACCAGAACACAUGAUGAACGGUCGGAUGGAUUUCACCUUCAGUGGUGGAAGUUUGACUCGGACGGGAGUUUCCAGCUACAAUCAUCUAAGUCCGCACAUCCAGCAGGAGAAAAGGAUAAUGGGAACCUCUUCUCUGACCAGGGAGUACACCACUGUGUUGUCUGGGCAAGACCAUUCAAGGAGGAUAUUCCCUCCCAUACAUGAAGAUGCUGGGAGGAUGGUCCUGAAGCCACAGGAUGUGGCCUUCAGGAACAGGGCAAGCACGAAGGGUUACCAUGACAACAGUGAUGCUCAAGAUUCUAUAGUCCUGACUGAUGAGCCCUCUUGGAUUUCUAAAUACCUAGGCCUCUCAGGGCAAGCCACGCUAUCCAGGAAGCGUUAUGCUCUCCCACAAAAAGCCAGGGGCCGCACUCACUCUGAAGAAGUGUUUGAAGCACUGAGCAGCCUGGACACAGUGCUUCUGGAUUACAGGACUCAUCUGGGUGUCCCUGACACUCCCACCCGCUUAGUGUUCUCUGCCCUGGGGCCAACUUCACUGAAGGUCAGCUGGCAGGAGCCACACUGUGACAAAGAGGUGCAAGGAUACAGUGUACAGUACCAGCUUCUCAACGGAGGAGAAAUGCACAGGCUUACUAUUCCCAACCCUACCCAGAAUUCAGUAGUGGUGGAUGACCUGCUGCCAAACCACUCGUAUGUCUUCAAAGUGAAGGCCCAAAGCGAUGAAGGCUGGGGUCCAGAGAGAGAGGGAGUGAUCACUAUUGAGUCCCAAGUGGAUCCACGCAGCCCUCUGAGUCCUGUGCCAGGCUCCCCAUUCACCUUGAGCACCCCUAGUGCACCAGGACCCCUGGUGUUCACAGCUCUGAGUCCAGAUUCUCUUCAACUGAGUUGGGAAAGACCUCGCCAACCCAAUGGGUUAAUUCUGGGCUACAUGGUCACUUGUGAGACGCUACACGGCGGAGGGGAACCCAGGAAUAUCUAUGUGGGGGGAGACAGCCCAGAGACGACUUUGACAGUUCCUUCCUUGAAUGAAAACAUUCCUUAUAAAUUCAAAGUGCAAGCCAAAACCACGCAAGGCUUUGGGCCUGAAAGAGAAGGCAUUAUUACCAUUGAAUCUCAAGAUGGAGGUGCUUUCUCUCAGUUCGGAACACAGCAGUUUAACAAGGAAGAAGUGUACAGUUUCCCCACAGACUAUAGCACCAAAACCAGCAUCACUCAGUCUUCACUGGAUCCCUUAUAUGCAGAUGGCAUGCUGAUGACCACUCAGCGAGUAGAGAGUGGCAGCACUCUCACCAAACAAGUCACUCAAGAGUUUGUCACCAGAACCAUGAUGUCUAACAGCAGUGGGACAUUCACCAGGCAGACGGACAGGCAGUUCUUUGAAGGCUGAGUCCAGAAAGAUGCAGCCAAAUGGACACCUGGAUUUCAACAAGGAAUGAUCUGAAGCGGGCCUUUCUGUAGUCAACUUCCAGACAAGCUCAUCGUGCCUGCUUUAUUGUGCCAGCGUUAAAAGAAUUAGAUGUUGCUUUGAAACGCCACUGGGAGAAGGAUGCAUGCAGCCCAGGUGGAACCCUCAGACAUUAUGAAAAGAGCUUUAAAAAAACCCCAAACCCUGUAGCUUGGUUACGAAGGGCUAUUGCACAGCUUUGACUCAAGAACUUGACUGUUGCAUUCUUGGCUGUUCAAAUGUUGCCACAGGCAGGUUGACCACGUAGGACUGAAUUCGUGUUUAAAUCACCCCCUUGAUGCCAU